GGCGGCGCGGCGCGGCGGCGCACUCGAGCAUGGCCGCGGCCGCGGCGGGAGGAGCCCCGGGUCCGGCCCCCGGCCCCGCCAGGCCCGCGCCGGCCGCCCGGAACCCGCCGGCCGUGCCGCGAAGGCGCGGGGACUCCCGGCGCCGCCAGGCCGCCCUCUUCUUUCUCAACAACAUCUCCCUAGAUGGACGGCCACCGAGCCUGGGUCCGGGAGGCGAGAAGCCACUGCCUCCGCCGCCACCGCCCACCGAGGCCCGCGAGGCUCCAGCGCCUCCGCCAGCUCCACCCGGAGGCCUCCCGGGGUUGCCAGCCAGGCCCGCGCCCCAGGGCCUGCUCAGCCCCACGACGGCGCCCGCCAGCCUCGGCCUGGACGGGCAGCGCCAAAGGAGACGAGUCACAUCUCAGCGCUGUUCCCUUGAGUUUCUGGAAGACGCAGUGGGAUGUGCCUCGGUGCAGAGAACCAAGCAUGCAUCUGGAUCACCAAGACACAAAGGCCUGAAGAAAACCCAUUUCAUCAAGAACAUGAGGCAGUAUGAUACAAAGAAUAGCAGGAUUGUACUCAUCUGUGCCAAGCGGUCCCUGUGUGCAGCCUUCUCAGUCCUGCCCUAUGGAGAGGGCCUGCGGAUCAGUGACCUGAGGGUGGACAGUCAGAAGCAAAGGCACCCAUCUGGCGGCGGUGGCGGCGUUUCUGUCUCUUCUGAGAUGGUCUUUGAAUUGGAAGGCGUUGAGCUGGGAGCAGAUGGAAAGGUCGUGUCUUAUGCGAAGUUCCUGUACCCCACUAAUGCCUUGGUCACACACAAGAAUGACAGCCAUGGCUUGCUGCCCCAGCCUCGGCCCAGCAUUCCCCGGGCUCCACCAGGUUCAAGACACAAACCUGUGCCUACCAAGUCAACACCAGCUGGCACAGAACUAGGUAGCACAGGAAGCGACGGGGGAGAUGCAGUAGAAUACAACCCCAACCUCCUGGAUGACCCACAGUGGCCGUGUGGGAAGCACAAGCGUGUACUCAUCUUUGCCUCAUACAUGACCACUGUUAUAGAGUAUGUGAAGCCUGCAGACCUCAAAAAGGACAUGAACGAGACCUUCAGGGAGAAGUUCCCUCAUAUCAAACUGACAUUGAGCAAAAUUAGGAGUUUAAAACGGGAGAUGCGGAACCUUUCUGAAGAGUGCAGCUUGGAGCCUGUGACUGUGUCCAUGGCCUAUGUGUACUUUGAGAAGCUUGCACUGCAGGGCAAGCUCAACAAACAGAACCGCAAACUGUGUGCUGGCGCCUGUGUUCUGUUGGCUGCCAAGAUCAGCAGUGACCUCCGCAAGAGUGAAGUGAAGCAGCUUAUUGACGUGAGUGUGAGAAGCUGGAGGAAAGGUUCCGGUUCAACAGGAAGGAUCUCAUUGGAUUUGAGUUCACGGUGCUUGUGGCUUUGGAACUGGCCCUGUACCUCCCGGAGAACCAAGUAUUACCUCACUACAGACGCCUCACCCAGCAGUUCUAGCCCAGAACAGUGCACCCCACAGGGAGCCUGCUUUGGCAGGAAGGCGAGUAGCUUGGCUAGAGCACUGACUAGUAGUGUCCCUGUCCUUCCUCUAGUAACUGCACUUGCCCCUCAGUCCAGGGCAGCUCUUAGCUUCCCUUGGAAAGAGGCACUGCUCUUAUUUUGGAGUGUACCCCAUCUUCACCUUGAGGCCCUGUUGAGGGUUUUCCUGAAGCAAAUGAACAUCGUGGGGCUUGGUUUGCUUUUCAUGUGCCUGAGACCAGCCUGGUUUAUGUUGUCAAUCCUGAGGUCCAGCUUUCAUUUUGCCUAGCCAUGAAACCAUUCCUGUAGAGACCUAGGUGUCCAGACCUUCUGAACAUACUGGAAUUGCCAGGCUUCUGUCUCCUGGUGCCUCCACCCAGGCAGAGCUCCCCCAUCAGCACUUUUUUUUGGUCAAGAUGCAGGAAAGGGCAGUCUGCUCACACUGGACCUUGUUAAAGCAUCUGCCACUGUGAAACCCCUGUGCCACCACAUACAGUGUUUGGCCAACACCACCACCCACCCCAACCCCUGCCUCCUGCCAGCACUUAUCCCUGCGGUACUGGACCAUUUAAGACAACCGCUGACUGCGGGCUCUUGACUUUCCUGAGCAAUAUCAUGAUGGAGAAAAGGUAUUAACUUGAGAUUUGGUUUCUAUAACAGAAAAGACGGCCCAUUAAGGCCUGCUGCUGACUCUGCACCACACUUGAUCCUCAAGCAGGAAGGUACUGACCCUGCCACCUAACAGCACAUCAGUGACUCCUCACAAAUAGAUGCCAUCCAGGCCAACUUGCCUGUGUAUUGACUGUGCCACUGUCUUCCUACUGGCACCAGACAAGAGCCAUCCUCCACCUUCCCAGGCCUGUUAUUCCCUACAACUGGUCACCAGCCUGGCAGAUGCCAGUCCCACUGCUCUCAAGUGCUUGGUUCCACAGCCACUCAUCCCAGAAAUGCUUACCCUCUCAAGCCUGACACCACUCAACUACCUAAUGGAUGUUAGUAGCUUAAACAGAGACCUUGAAGGAUAGUAGAAGGAUAGUAAACUCUAGCCUUCUACCCUGCCCAUGCUUAUGCUGGUGUAAGCACGCUAUCCUUAGAGCACCUGGGUGCCAUCUGCAGACAGUGAUGUCUUACUUAAAAUGAACUUUAGAUACAGCUGACUGGUCGGCUAUCCCUGGGGGUGAUACCCUGGUAGCUUAUUCUAGUUAUGUUAAAGCUGGCAACAGUGAUAAUUUAAGCUUCUAUAUUUAUGAUCUUACCAAGCUGGUGUGCUGUUAGUCCUUCCCUCCUUGCCCUCAGUAAUGCUAAGAGCUGCUGACAUGUGGUAUGAUAAGCACUGUUACAACAAAACCAACCUUUAAACCAAAUGACAGGCUAAACACAGUGUCUGUCCUAGACUAAGUCCAGAAAUCCGAGGUGUGCCCACGGUGUCCAGCUGGACUGUGACCCAAUGCCACAGACCUGGUGCUGUACCUUCAGCACUCAACAGGCACAGCUGUGUGUGUGACCUCAGAAUGCUGCUUAUGUAUGUCCAGCCGGUUCUGAAUGGAAGGUGUUAAAUGUUUUUGUUAAAAGUAAAACUUGUUUUUGCAACAUA